UAAUUUGAAUUACAGAGUUAUAUGUGUGAAAUGGAGGGUUAGAGGGGCGCUUGUGCAGAUACCUUUCCCAGCUCCAUCCACUGCCGGUGUAAUCGGAAAACACCAAAUUUUAACUCUACAAUGCCGAAAUUACUUGAUUUAUGCAUGGCCGCUAUUGCCGAUGAACUUCUCCAAGGGGAGGGUAACGACGAUUUCCUUUCGGUUAUUUAUCAACUGCCGCAAGAACUGUUUGAUGCUCUGCUGCCUCAGUUGCCUCCAUUAGCACUGCACAAAUUGCAAGAAAAAUUACCAACCAACUUCAUGGAAAGCAGAGAGCAUGCCUAUGAUGAUACUAGCGACUCUCAAAAACGUAGAAGGUUGGCAAGAAAGAUGCGACAUUUUAGAUACAGUGUGGCGUGCACUAUACAAAGCUCGUUGGCCUAGUCUUGAUCAGCAGAAGAAGACUGUGGCUUGGUUUGAUAGAAAUAAGGAAAAAUGUGAAAUAAUAAAUGAUUGGCAGCAAAAGUACUGGGAGACACAUUUGCAAGAUUGUGUUGAUGCUAUAGCAGAAACAGCUUUGCUUCCAUCUUAUGAUGGUUCUAUAGGGGAUAUACAAAUUCCAGAUUGUAUAAUGGAGCAGAUUGGUUGCAAAGAUUACUUGAUUAAGUUGCCACUCGACUCUCUCAAAUUUUCUCGUCACUGCCAGCAGUUUGGAGCUUAUGUCAGACGGCUAAGGCUUCCAAAUGCAUUAUGUUCUGCAGAAACAUGUGAGUUGUUUCAAAACAGUAAGUUGGGAAGUCUCGAGCUUCAGUGGAUUAAAUCCAAUGACCAUGUUGAGGGAUUAUGUAAACUUCUGAACCAGAGUACUGAGACUUUAAAAUCAAUUGAAUUUAUCCAUUGCAAGCUUUCUCCAGAUUUUGUCAAUGCAAUAUCCGAUUCAUUGCACAUGACGGGUCUUCAAGUGCAUGGAGUUCAGCAUUUCUCAAUCAAGAGAUCAAGCUUUCUCCAGGCUGAUUCAUCUCCCAUUCCAGCCGGACUGGCGUCAUUCUUAACAUCUGGGAGGUCCUUGCAAUCAUUAACUUUAUGUGAUGGCCAUCUGGGCCGAAAUUUUGCUAGGGGGAUUUUUAAUUCCCUCCUUGAUUCCUCAUCCAGUCUUUCCAAGCUAGACCUCUCAGAAAAUAGUAUCUCGGGAUUCCUUUCUCAGUUUCGGUGGAGACCAUCAAGUUGCAACAAGUCAUUGCAGUCAAUACGAGUUCUCAACUUAAGGUCAUGUAACUUAGAACGGGAUGAUGCAGAGUCUCUCAGGCACGCACUGAACUGCAUGCCUAAUUUAGAUAGUCUUGAUUUGAGUGACAAUCCAAUUGAGGAUGGAGUCGGGAGCCUGGCCACCUAUUUUACUAAGAUAUCUAGCAGAGAUGUACCCUUUACGAAUCUGAAGCUUGAGAAUUGUGACGCUUCAUGCGAACAAAUGGUUGAACUUCUUGGAGUUCUUUCAACUUUGAAUGAGCCUCUUCAUGUGCUUUCGAUUAAAGGCAAUAUGCUUGGCAGUAAAAUUGGGGCACCCUUGGGUAAAUUUUUGUGCACAGGUGUCUUAUCCCUUGAUGCCGAAGACAUCGGACUUGGUUCUUCUGGUUUUCUACAAGCUGCCAAGGAAAUAUCAGUAGAAUUGAAGAUUGCUUACAUAAACAUUAGCGAUAACCAAGGUGCACUUGGAGCUGCAGAGUUCAUAGCGAGCCUCGUUAAACAUGCUAAUGAAAUUGCUGCAAUUGAUGCAAGAUAUAACUUAAUGCCUAUGCAUUCUUUAUCAGUAAUAUCCUCUGGCUUGAAAGAUUCAAAAGGAAAACUGAAGCAUCUGGACUUAGCAGGGAACACUUUCUGUCAUCAAAUUGCUGAUGCAGAUUUUGUUUCGGCUGAACUCCAAAUCCAUGGACAAUCUGGCCUUAAUGUUCUAUUGUCGGUUGCCCCACAUAUACCAUACGACAAUGAUCCUUAGCUGCAUCACCGGUACACUUCUCGAGCCUCAAGUCUUCUUUUGUUUCAGUGGAAGCGGUUCAGGACCAAUCUGGCUAUGCUUUCAAGCAUGUAGGCAACCUGUAUGCAUUCAAACAUUUUUGUGUUUAGAUAUAUUACUCUUUUGUAUUUGCAGAACUAGUAAUCAGUUUGAACAUUUUGCUGAGUGCUGCCUAUCAGUUUUAAAUAUAUUCAGUGUUUGUUAUUUUA